UGUGGGACGCGCGUGCAUUAUCAAUUCCUUCCACGCUUUUCUAUGUGAGCGAGCGAGGGAUGGAGGAGGUACAGGUACCGGCUUGGGGAUUAUAAUUAGGACUGUCGCGCACGGAGGCACCAGAAGAAGAAACAUGAACGGUGAGUGCACCCCGGAGAGGGAGGAGGGCGGCGGGCGGCGGGCCGCCGGCGAGCGAAGCCGGGCCGCGGAGGCGCUGGAGUGCGAGAAGCACCACUGCGGCAGGUGCAAGACUUGCACCUCGCGCUGCCAUAAGUUUUUCAUCUCACGAGUGGGAGAGGACUGGAUCUAUCUCAUCCUCCUGGGCCUUCUCAUGGCCCUGGUCAGCUGGUUCAUGGACUACGCCAUCGUGUUCUUUCAGCAAGCACAGAAGUGGAUGUAUAAGGGCCUGGGAUAUAAUGUGCUGAUGCAGUACCUGGCCUGGGUGGCCUACCCUGUGGUGCUCAUCACCUUUUCUGCAGGGUUCACUCAGAUACUGGCUCCACAGGCUGUGGGCUCUGGCAUUCCGGAGAUGAAGACCAUCCUCCGUGGCGUGGUGCUGAAGGAAUACCUGACCUUCAAGACCUUCGUGGCCAAGGUCAUCGGCCUCACCUGCGCCCUGGGCAGUGGCAUGCCCCUGGGAAAGGAGGGCCCCUUCGUUCACGUUGCUAGCUUGUGUGCCGCAUUGUUGAGCAAGUUCAUGUCUCUUUUCGGUGGGGUCUACAUGGAAGAACCCUUCGAAGGAAAUAAGAACGAGCUGCGGAACAUCGAGAUGCUGUCGGCCGCCUGCGCGGUGGGAGUGGGCUGCUGCUUCGCCGCCCCCAUCGGAGGUGUACUCUUCAGUAUCGAGGUGACCUCCACCUUCUUCGCCGUGCGGAACUACUGGAGGGGCUUCUUCGCCGCCACGUUCAGCGCCUUCAUCUUCAGAGUGCUGGCGGUGUGGAACCAGGACGAGGAGACCAUCACGGCCCUGUUUAAGACGCGCUUUCGUUUGGACUUUCCCUUCGACCUGCAGGAGCUCCCGGCCUUCGCUGUGCUGGGGAUUAUCAGUGGAUUUGGAGGGGCUCUGUUUGUCUACUUAAAUAGACUGAUCGACCAGUUCAUGCAACAGCCAAAAAGCAUCAACAAGGUCCUGAUGAAGAAUCAGUUGGUGUACCCUGCCCUGGUUACUCUGCUGAUAUCUACUCUGACUUUUCCCCCUGGGUUUGGACAAUUCAUGGCUGGACAGCUGACCCAGCAUGAAGCCCUGGUGGCUCUGCUGGACAACCGGACCUGGACCAAGCAGGGCGUGGCUGAUGAGUUUUACUACAUCGGCCCCGUCAAGGUGUGGAAACAUCCGCACCUCAACGUGUUCAUCACCCUCAUCCUCUUCAUCAUCAUGAAGUUCUGGAUGUCUGCUUUGGCAACCACUAUGCCGGUGCCAUGUGGGGCCUUCAUGCCAGUUUUUCUAAUUGGGGCUGCGUUUGGUCGGCUGGUCGGUGAGAUCAUGGCCACCUGGUUCCCGGACAGCAUCCAUCCCGACGGCAGCAUCUAUCCCAUUGUGCCUGGGGUGUACGCUGUAGUGGGCGCAGCGGCCCUCUCCGGCGCGGUCACGCACACGGUCUCGACGGCGGUCAUCGUGUUCGAGCUGACCGGGCAGAUCGCGCACAUCCUGCCGGUGAUGAUCGCGGUGAUCCUGGCCAACGCGGUGGCCCAGAGCCUGCAGCCCUCCCUGUACGACUCCAUCAUCCGCAUCAAGAAGCUGCCCUACCUGCCCGAGCUGGGCUGGGGUCACCACGAGAGGUACAGUAUCCAUGUGGAGGACAUCAUGGUGCGGGACGUGCGCUACAUCACCCUAAACUGCUGCUACAGGGACCUGCGGGACGUCCUGCUGAUCAGCCACCUCAAAACCGUAGCGCUGGUGGAGUCUACGGAGUCGAUGAUCCUGCUGGGGUCCAUCGAGCGUUCGCGGCUGCAGUCGCUGCUCUCUCACCAGCUGAGCCGCCCGCGCAGGCGGGAGUACCUGCGGGAGCGCACCCAGGAGCGCCACGCCGACCUGCCCCCCCAGGAGCGCCACGCCGACCUGCCCCCCCAGGAGUGCCACGCCAACCUGCCCCCCCAGGAGCAGACCCGCAGCCAGGAGACCCUGCUGGAGGAGGACCAGGAAGUACGCUACCUGAUCUCUACAGAGAGGUCAUCUCUCAGCUCCCAGAGGCCCCUGAAGUCUGUCCUCAAGAGGGAAAGCAGCCUCAAGAAUAUGGAGACUCAGUCCAGUGCUUUGAGGAGCUCUACCUCCAGCCUGCAGAAGGAACCUGUGGAGAACAAUGGGGGGUCGGCGCCCCCCGAAGGCCGCAAGCAGAAGCGCGUGAGGAUAACAACUGCGGAAGUCCCACGUGCAGAGGAUGACAUGACCCUAGCAGAGGCCGCCGAGUGGGAGGAGCUACAGCUGGCCGAGCCAGUCGACUUCAGCAACUGCAAGAUCGACCCCGCCCCUUUCCAGCUGGUGGAACGGACGUCGCUCCACAAGACCCACACCAUCUUCUCCCUGCUCGGCCUGGACCACGCCUACGUCACCAGCAUCGGGCGGCUCGUUGGAGUCGUCUCACUGAAGGAGCUGCGAAAAGCCAUCGAGGGAUCCGUGACCGUGAAAGGGGUGAAAGUGCGCCCCCCGCUGGCCAGUUUCCGAGAUAGCGGCUCCAGCAAUCGGGAGGCGGAGGCCACGGAGCUCCACAGGCUGUGGGACCGCCACCGGACGCUGACGCUUCCGCGGGAGCCACACCCAUCCGAACCCGGGGACCAAUCGCGGCCUUCGCACGAAAAGGGCUCCGGCCAGGACGAAUCACAGCUGCCCUAUGUGCAAAGCCCCUCCCACAAUGACAGCAAAUCACAGCCUCCGUAUGACAGUAGCCCCUCCCACAAUGGCAGCAAAUCACAGGUUCUGUGUGAGAGUAGCCCCUCCCACAAUGGCAGCAAAUCACAGGUUCUGUGUGAGAGUAGCCCCUCCCACAAUGGCAGCAAAUCACAGGUUCUGUGUGAGAAUAGCCCCUCUCACAAUGGCAGCAAAUCACAGCUGGCAUACAAAAACAGCCCCUCUCACAAUGACAGCGAAUCACUGCCGCUGUAUGAGAACAGCCCCUCCCACAAUGACAGCGAAUCACUGCCGCUGUAUGAAAACAGCCCCUCCCACAAUGACAGCGAAUCAAUGCCGCUGUACGAAAUCAGCCCCUCCCACAAUGACAGCGAAUCAAUGCCGCUGUACGAAAUCAGCCCCUCCCACAAUGAGAAUGAUCCACAGCUGCCAUACGAAUACACCCCCUCUUACAGUGACAACAUAUCAUUUGAACACGAUGAGGGACCGCAACUAGUGUACAAAUUUAGCCCCUCCCACAAUGAGUACAAAUCAGUGUACAGCUCCCACAGCAUGGACCAAUCACAGCUCUCGUAUGAACACAGCCCAUCCCACAAUGUGACCAAAUCUCAGUUGCCAUACAAGUACAGCCCUUCCCGCAGCGAGGACCAAUGACAGCUUCCGUACGAGCACAGCCCCUCCCACUUCAAGGAUGAGUCUAAGUGAGGGCAACCGAAAAAAGAAUGAUGAAUCCUCAGGGCUAGUUGAGUGAGCUCAUGAUUGAGUGUGUGUGUGUGUGUGUGUGUGUGUAUGUGUGUGUGUCUAUUGUACCUUAACCAUAGACAAUAUGUUGAAAAUGUUGUCCAUUUACUGUAAAUAGGACGUAGGCUGACAGGGCUUUGUGUGUGUGUGUGUGUGUGUGUGUGUGUGUGUGCAGGGGAGAGGGGGAAUAGUGAGGGAGGGGGAGGGAAUGUAGACAUGUACUUAGGCAUAUUGCAGAUGCUUGCAGAAAGAGUUGUGCAAUGACCUACCUUAAAACUGCAGCAUCCAUUUAUUGAUACCAAACCAGAAGAAAAUAGUUCCAUGAAUUUUCAUGGCAAUUUCUGGUUUACUUGACCCUUUAAGCUGCGAGGCCACAAAUAUGUGAUUAGAAUGUUCUUAACUGAACAUUCUAAUGCUGAUGUAACAAUCACUACCGGAUAUUGAAAGCGAUGGAGCUCUAGAAGACUGACUUAGAAUUCAGAAGGGAAAAAAAAACAUUCUAAAAAACCUAUUCUUCAAAAGGUUAACUUUCAUCUCUGAUUUAUUUCUCUUCUCCUGAUUAGGAAAAAAAAAAACCUCACGUUUAGUAGUCCCACCAGCUGCGGCUGCGCAGUCAGUCAGUGCGUUCUUACGCAUCAUGCGCAGCUGCAGCUGCAGCUGGGGCAGACAGGCAGGCGGCGGGCACCCGAUUUGGCUAGGAGGGCGCCGGGAGACCAUGCUAGCUGCGGCUUGUCUCCACGGGGCGGGGCAGCCGCACUUCACACCGGCCCGGCCAGGACUCAACGGUGGACCGUAGGCCAGCAGUGUCUGCACAUGCUCCCCAACUGACUCCGCCCACGUCCACUAAACCCACCCACGUCUGCUACCUGUAGCACACGCUAGGCACUUUAACCAACGGAGCAAUGAAUGAGGAGUUCACUCACUCUCUCUCUCUCUCUCUUUCUCUCUCUCUCUCUAUAUAUAUAUAUGUAUAUAUAUAUAUAUAUAUAUAUAUACAUAUAUAAUGUAUAGACUCACACAUUCAAACACUUACAUACAUAACUUUGUGUGUACAUGCACAAUCACAUAAUACCUGUACAUGUAUUUAUGUAUAUAUGUCUGUGCAUAUAUUCAUACACGUGUUUGCAGUAAAUGUACAGAACCGCAUUUGAAAUUACCACUGUUUUAUGUCGAUGUGAAAAUUAUUUACCCAGAUGACUGGAAACUGUACAACGGCAGAGAUUUACAUGGCAUAUAUAUAUAUAAUGUAUAUAUAUACAUACAUAUAUAAGGGGAAGCGCGUUCGGUGGUAGUGUGUGAAAUUUACCACCGUUUGAAUGGUGACCCUGUUGUGGCGGAUGCAUGGACUGUUUCUCAUAGACAGAGCGAGGGCUUGGGUUCUUUUCUUCUUCUAGAUUUUACAAUAUGAAAACCUUACUGUAGACUCUCCGGGUACUGCUUCGGGACCUGCAUCAUCUUUGAUUUCUCUUUCACUGUGGAUUUUUCACAACAAAAAAAAAAACAGUUUAUGUGUAAUAGAAAUUGUCAGGAAAGUCUUCGGACAGCAAGCAUUUGUUUGUCGUGU